CCCAAGCAGGUUCUGGACAUUAAGCAAUUCCUCGAGAUCACCCGCAGAAAGGACGCCGUCUCUGCCCGUGUCAAGAAGAACGGUGACAAGUACAAGUUCAAGGUCAGAUGCUCCCGUUACUUGUACACUCUCGUUGUCAACGACAAGCAGAAGGCCAAGAAGCUCAGACAAUCGCUCCCUCCU